CAAUCUUCGUUUUAUGAAGAUGAAACAUCGUUACCUCCGAGGAAGCAUUUGAGUGGAAUUCGGCCGCUGCAACGAACAAAGCUGCCGAUUGCAAAACCGUAUUUUGAUCCUGCAACCACGUCGACUGAUAGUAAUCCUGAGUCGUUUCAUCCUCACAGGAAGAAUUUAUACACUCCAAAUCAUCCAACACUCAACACUGUUGCAAGUGGAAGCUUUCGGCGUCAUCUGCUAAGCACAUUGGCAGAUAAACUUUCAAACCUCGAUACUUUAUCAUCGAGGCAUCAUCACCAUCACCAUCAUUCGAAGGAUGACGAAACGUUGCAGCCAUCAAUAUCACAUCGAAUUCCUCACGUUGUAACGCCAGGUUUAUCACCAGUGCCAUUCAUCACAGAACCAUCAGAGUCGCAUCACAUGCCUGUUAGGGUGAAACCAUUAAGGGCCUCAUCAAAGCAUCAAGGACAUCACGAACACUCGUCUCGAUUCACUCAAGCAGGUGUUAGAACCGAAACUCUUAAUCAUGACGGCCAUAAGAACAGAGGAGAGAUGACUAUUGAGGAGGAAGCGGCCAAGCGAAGAGCAAGGUUACAGGCUCGAUGGCACAAACUUGGACCACGAAUAAAGAAGUUGAAUUUUGCCUAUAGACGACGACAGCAACUACGGCAGCAGUAUAUGAAAGAGCGAAAACAGAAACAAACAACUGAAACUGAAGGCGACAAUAAAGUGGAUUUGGUAUCGGAGUCUGUACGAAAGAUUAUACGUGAACGUUUGAGGCAAUUGUCCUCAAAAUCACACAUUCCAAAAGGAUCAUCGCAUCAUUUGAGUGGUCCUAUCCUAGCGAGCACCAACGAGAACGAAGAGGAGCAAUCCAGAAAACAGGAAGCCUUAGAAUUCGUGAAUUUGGUGAAGUCGAUUGGAAAAGAAAUACUGAGAAACGAGACUACAAGCACUGCAAGGAUUACUACUACGCUAGAAACUACCACUGAAAUGCCUGCUACUACUACCGUUCCUAUCGUACCAGAGGCUGAAAUACUUCCACCAAUUACGAUCCAACAACCUGAACCUUCCUCAACAGAAGAUGCGGAAGCAUCGGAAACUACGCCGAUUUCCGCUGAAGAAACCGAGAAUCCGGUCACUGAGACAACACCUGAGGAUUACCACUUUCGUACGAUUGCUCCAGUGAAAAAGUACAAAUUCACACAAAAAUUACGACCACGACCGAGACUGAGGAUUCGCCGACCAGGUGAAAAACCUCAAAUUCGAGGUAAUCGAACCUCAUCAUCUAACCGUCCAUUAUCUUUACCAUUGCUAACACCGUUCGGAUCCGAGUCAUUCAGCGACCGUCUUCCGUCAAUUCAUCGCGAACCCUUUGCGAGUCGUCGAUCACAGCCUUCACAUGAAAGUGAGAACAGUGUUGCGAUCGGAAGUGGCAUCCAAGAAUUUGAGAGUGGUGUGGGUGGCGGCGAUAAUGCCCUAGGGUUCGGCGGUGGUUUCGGCUCAGGAGGUUUCGGAAAACCACCGGUCGAUUUUAGCUCAGGCGGAACGUUCGGUCUGGCUGGAACUGGUGUCAAUAUUGCCACUGAACUUCCACCACAAAUUCUACCGCCGACUCCCGAUAUGACUGCCGCCAUCACGAUGGAGUCAACGAGCACUCAGCCACCCACAACUACAACACCUACAGCAACCACGACGGAUGUCAUAUUUCCGCCACUUCCUCCGCCACCACCCAAGGAAGAGGUGUUGGUGAUACCACAAAAUUCUGGUCUACGAGCCGUUGCACCACCGGUCGAUUUUGAAGGUGGUUUCGGAAGUUCGUCACAUGGCUCGUCACCGGAUCUAUUCGGUUCCGGCAGCGGUGGUUCUGGCCUGAUUCCGAGCGGAUCCUCAGGAAAUGUUGAUGAAUCGAUGUUCACUGGUGAGUCUGCGCUCACGCCGAAUCGCAACGGACCGACCGGCGAUGGAUUCGGUCCACCGUUGUUCCCGGGUGCUGCUGUACCGCCACCAGUUCCGGCUAUAGGUCUUGGUGGAGAUGCGGCCGGAUUAUCACCGUACAGACUCGAUCCUGAUCAUCUGAAGAAUCCACCGACAACGGUACGAAUUCGCACAAGCACAAUUAUUAUAGGUGGAGUUCAUUGUUUUGGAUUUUCUUUCGAUGUAAGUGAUGGUUUCGAUUUUCAGGUGAAGCCAUCAGCGUUACUGAGUAUGUUGAGCAAAGCUGACAUAGGUUUCAAUCAAGCGAUUAAUCAUUUUGAGCAAGGAACGCCACUCGAAUCAGCUGCUAUCGAUAUCCUCGAGGUGAACUUCACU